AUGUUUUCCCUUCCAAAGGGAGGAGUUAUUUUUCUAGAAAAUGUGAGGUUUUACAAGGAGGAAGAAAAGAACAAACCCGAGCAUGCAAAAAAGCUCGUCGCACUAGUAGAUCUGUAUGUGAAUUAUGCUUUUGGUACUGCUCAUAUGGCACAUGCAUCAACAAAGGGAGUCACUAAUUACUUGAAACCAUCUGUUACUGGUUUUCUUUUGCAAAAUGAAGAUGGGGUUUAUGUACCUACUGAUGUUAAGGUUAAGCAAAUGAAGGGUGCUAGGCCUGAUUGUAUUAUUGUUCAGAAGAAGCUUAGUAGGGAUAGAGUUGUUACUACUUAUGAAGUUAGGGAUAAGCCUUCUGCAUUUAAACCCGAAGAUUGGGACCGUGUUGUCACGUUUUUUGUCUUGGGAAAAGAUUGGCAGUUCAAGGACUGGCUUUAG